AUGGUAGAGGCUGACCAGGAUCCAUCAGUAAAAAGGACACUAUGUAAGACGUGUUUCUCACUCCUCAUUCCUGGUAUUACAGCUACCACAAGACAGAAAAAAAGAAAGUGCAAGGCCCGUUUUACCGUGACAACAUGCCUUAGCUGUGGAGAGAAAAAGUCAUUGAAGAAUAAUCCAGAUUAUAUGUUAUGGUCUGAUCGUCCGGAAGCCCAGCUACAGGAACACAAGGAAUCAACAUCUGGUUUGUCAUCUAAAAAUCAACAGAAAAUAAAAAGUUCAGCCAAUAAACCUGAAGGGCAGGUUAGAGCCGACCACUCAUCUGAAGCAGGACCCUCAGGGGGAAUUUAGAAAAUACACUGUUGCUCCUCCUCUACUUUAUUGAACUUUUGGUCUCUGUGAGACCGAUGAAAAGAUUAUAGGUUAAUAAUUUUACAUCCCACAUAUGUGUAGAAAAAACAUUUUAUUUUUUUGUCAAUGACAUUUUGUAAUAUAUAGUAGGACCACAAUAACUUUUUUUUUUACUAAGUAAAUUUUCUUUAAACACCA